AUGUGCAACUCCUGUUGUGGAUCCUGCUGCUCCGGCCAGGGCUGUGGCUGCUGCCAGCCCAGCUGCUGCCAGACCACCUGCUGCAGGACCACCUGCUGCCGCCCCAGCUGCUGCUGUAGCCCCUGCUGUGGUGGGUGCGGUGGCUGUGGUGGGUCCAGCUGCUGUGGUGGCUCCAGUGGCUGUGGGUCCAGCUGCUGCCGCCCCUGCUGCUGCAUCUCCAGCUGCUGCCGCCCCUCCUGUGACUCCUGCUGCUGCCAAACCUGCUGCCGCCUGCGUCCAGUCUGUGGCAAUGUCUCCUGCCACACCACUUGCUACCGCCCCACCUGCGUCAUCUCUACCUGCCCUCGUCCCAUGUGCUGUGCCGUCCCCGACUGCUGA